AACAGACAUCUGCACCACAUGUUGCCCAGGAAUUUGCGCCCAUUUACAAUACACCAUGCUCAAGCUUACGACUCGCCCAAAUCAGUUCGUAGCUAAUCGUCGUAAUGAGAGCAUCUGCUUUGCGACUGCGACCUCGAAUCCACAGUACAGUUAUCUUUCGCCCGCGAUCCGUUCUUCGAUAAUAGCAGACUCCUCCAAGUGUCAACCGAAUCGAAUUCCUUUGCGUGCGCAGACAAUCAAUGUGCUGCUGUUGUGUGACCGUUUCGCUAAACUUACUAUCCAAUCUGGUCCAACGCAUUGCCGAUGACAUAAUGGAUCUAGUCUACUGUCAGAGACGCCGCUGUCCAGCUUCUCCGACGGGUAGCCUGAAUUCAGUGGCGGUGGCAGUCGAAGAUCAAUACCAAUGCCACCGUCACCUCCAUCAACCGGCAUCCACCAAUGAUCGAGAGCAACGGAUCGUGCAGCAAGAAGACGCAGCGGAGACAAACACGACGACGACGGGCAGUGACCCUUUGGUGGAAGUGAUGCCGGCACCGCUACUGGUGGGGUCUAGUUUUUAUAACGUGAUCUACGAUACCGUGGAACUGGAACCAUACUUCUGGGCUAUGGAUCGGACUCAGAGCGAGGAAAUGCUUCGAGGAACUCCGGACGGAAGCUGCCUGGUGAGGCCGUUUAAGAUGAAGCACCCUCACAUCCGGUAUAUCCUUUCGGUGCACGCCGCGGGCACUUACUUUCACCUGUUCAUUCGCCUGACCACCCCGAAUGGAUUGUACGCGCUGGGACUCGCGAAGCAGAAGGAGCGCCACUUCAAAUUCCCCGCCGAUAUUGUACAGUACUAUCGAACCCAUCGUCUGGAAUGUAGCAGCAGUAGCAGCAGCAACAGUAACAGCGCCAGCGCCAAAAUUCGACUCAAUUUAUUGCCGAUAAUCGUAAACCAGCCGUGGUCAGCCCCAGGCGACGUCGAAGGAGUUGUGAUAACGCAGCAACGGAAAGAAAACGUAGUCAAGUAAUGGU